AUGUCUCAGUCACAUACCAUCCCACAGACCAUUACAUACAGCGCUCCCUGUGACGGCAGCACGCUGGUCAUGGUAGAACCUGGAAAGGAAUACCAGUACAGGUUCAGGCACGGGCGAGAUGGCCAUUGGCUGGUCGAUGAGCAGAAGCCAAUUGUGAAAAGCGCGUUGGGCACCAAAAGCAAUAUUCUCCGAGCAAAAGAGCCUGCCAAGCCCGGCAGCGGCAACGAAAACGACAAUGUCAGUUUCACAGUGCCGCUGUUCGCGCACGAGCGUCUCGGCGCCUACACCCUGAGCGAUGGCAGCGACCAAGCGCAGGACUCGACCAGUGAACUGAGAAGAGAAAUCUCACCUAGAACCAUGAGCGGCACCCCAGUUGACUUGAACGAUCCCACCCUUGAAUCGUUCCCCUGCGACAAGUCGUCCAUUUUGGGCACCCUGCGUAAAAUCCAGUCAAGCCUCGGUGAGCAGUCUGUUCCUUCCGAAGGCUCUCGCUCGAGCCGAAGAAGCAGCCUCGAUUCCGACGACGGCUCAUCGGGCUCCAUGAGCCCUAAUGCCUAUCGGCGCAGAGAAAACCGGCUCUCGAAUGGCAGCAAGCGCAAUCCAUCCGCGGCUUCCCUCGGCUCAAUUGCAGAAGAGCCUUCCGGCGGGCUUCAAAAACGCGAGCUGAGAAACAUUGCCGAAACUUCUGCCGCCGACAAGUGCGAAGCUCUCAUGAUGAGAGCAGCAAACCGACCAUGA